AUGGACAACCUUCAUGCACCCACAAUCCCCUCAGGGCCUACUUCGGCGCCCACUGCCAAUGGACGAGCGGGGCACUUGACCAUCUCAGAGCUUCAGCGCAAGAAAGACAACCUCGAGGCCGAGCUCAAGGCAUUGGGCAGCGUUCUCGAAUCGCACAAUGUUGACAUGAACACGAACCUCUUGACCCCGGACGGUUUUCCUCGUGCCGAUAUCGAUGUUCCUCAAAUACGCACUACACGUGCACGCAUCAUUCAUCUGCGGAACGAUUACAAGGAUUUGAUGGCGACCAUCGAAAAACAGCUCCACGAGCACUUCGCAAAUCUGAACGACGAGGAAGAGGAAGACAUCACUAGCCAUCGACAGCAACAGCAACAAGCAUCACAGCUUGUAGAUUCAGUUCCUGAAACCCUGGAACUCCCAUUUGCAAAGGUGAACAGUGUUGUCGACAAUAGCCCGGCCGAUUCAGCAGGGCUCAAGGCGGGUGACCUUGUGCGCAACUUUGGCUACGUCAAUCGUGCGAACCACGACGGACUGAAAAGAGUUGCCGAGUGCGUCCAAGGCAACGAAGGACAAACCAUUCUUGUCAAGGUGUCGAGGAGUUCCGGCGCGGGCCACCCUCAAGAACUCCAGCUAAGUCUAAGGCCCAGGAGGGAUUGGGGAGGAAGGGGGCUGUUGGGUUGCCACAUAGUACCCAUCUAA